GUCAGUGCAUGUUGAUGAUAGCUAUCCCAUCAUGCUAGUUACCUUUACUGUUAGAUUUCUGCUUAGCGAACAUAUCUGGUAACAUUCCGGCAUGGACAAACGAGUCAAGAAGACUACAGCCAGUACGGGACCCCCACUUCCUCUCUCGUCUUUGCGACUGUUGGUUUCUCCCCUGCGGCUGAUGUAUUCAUUUGUAUGGCAUGUGGUGAAUCAACGCAAUGUGAUGCACUAUGGGAAGGUCGAGGAGUUUGUAACUGUGGUGACUGAAGCUGUUCCAAAGUUGAUGAGUUACAAACAGAGGGCUCAACUCAUCCUGGGCCUGAGAGCAAGGAUGAUCUUGGAGUUGUUCCGCAAGGACCCACCCAACCCUCAGGACAUCCAACGUCUCCUGGAAAAUAUGAACAUUUUGGGGCAGCAAGAUGCAGUUGUGGAGGAGUCGCAGGCUAACUUUGUGGCGCUGGUCCAAACCCUGCUGAAAAACCCUUAUGAGAGGAAGCACUUCUUCCAGGAGGAGUUCCAUGCACAGUAUGGUUCCAAGUAUGACACAGCACUGCAGGCCCUUGUAGGAGGCUUGGUCCUCAGACUGGAACGACUGCUAUCUGUGCCAGAUCUCUCCCAGAUAGCAUCCAUUAUCAGUGCUGCCCCCUCUGACUUGGAGGAGUGUGGACAGGCUGUGUCUGACCCUGAGCACCUGAAGAUCCUCCUCCAGCACCAGAACCUGCAAAAUAAGAUUCAGUUUGUACCUGUCACGUCUUCUGUGGGUGACUGUGUGCUGUCUUCGCUGUCCUUCCGCCUCGCCUGUGGAAUGCCAUCAAUGGAGCCAGAUUUUGACGAGCCACCAGAAUCAUUAGAAGCUGCUCUAAGCGCCAUGAACCCUGCCUCCUUCAGUGACUUGGAGGAUCUGGGAUUGAUGUCAGAUGACUCGCCCCAUGCUGGAGAAGAUAGUACUGUGGAGAGAGAAGAGGAUGCCAGGGGUAACGGAGGUGGGGCGAGAACUGCAGUACGUGACAGUGAAGAAGAGACUGCACUGCCAGAGAGCGCUGUGGUCUUCUCUAGUCCUCAAGGUGUUAGCGGACUGGUGGGAGGGGCACCAUCAAAAGGUGCACCAACAGUAAGGAGUAUGCUGCAAACAAUGAGACAGCAACAGCUUGUAUCACUGAUGAAUACUUCCAUCACCGAAGACUCUCCUUCACAGAUAGUCAUCCCUGCCACGGAUAACCAGCCAGUCGAGCUAACGAGUGUCGACCAGUGGGUCUCCCAUAUUGGAAGUUACACUUUAUCGCUCCAUUCCUUGCCACCCCUUUCACAAAACGAUAAUUUGGACAAGGAGAUGGAGUCGGCCGACACAGGUCUUGGAAGCAGUGUGGUGAUCGGGGGUCAGGAAACAGAGGUCGGUCUCUUUGAGAGGUCCAUUAUCCAAAGGAAGAGGGUGCAAAAGCCACUACGAGUAGCGUGCUCAAAAAAGAGAAACCCUGCAACCAACUCCUGCCAAGAGUGUGGGAAGCGUUUUCUGUCUCGGGGACGGCUGGAGGAUCACCUCCGCAUGCACACCGGAGAGAAACCUUUCAAGUGCACCGAUUGUAGCAGGUUCUUCAGGACAUUGGCACUCCUGACCAACCAUACGAAAAUUCACUCUGACGUGCGGCCCUUUAGCUGCGACGAGUGCGGCAAGUGCUUUCGGAGAAAGGUUGGCCUUCAGAAUCACCAUCGCGUCCACACGGAUGCGAGACCAUACAAAUGCACCAUCUGUGGAAAGGGUUUCACCCAAUCACAGUACUGCAAAAGACACAUGGAUUGUCAUACAAGUGAGAAUACCUAUUUCUGCACUCAUUGUCCAAAGAGUUUCCCAACCCAAUUCCAGCUGUCUGCCCACCAGCGCUGGCACACCAUGGACCGCCCGUACGCCUGUGAGCAGUGUGGGUUGCGCUUCUUUAUGCCAAGCUUGUUAAAGAGGCACAUGGGCUAUCACAUCGGGAACCGCCAGUUCCUGUGUGCCCAGUGCGGAAGAACCUUUGUCUAUGAGUUCGACCUAAAGAGACACCAAAAAGACCAUGACCCCAGUCCCAAACUCCCCUGCCCCGUCUGCCAGAAGAUGUUUGGCAACAACAGCCUACUCCAGGCCCACAUACGCAGGCACUCUUCAGAGAAACCUUACAGAUGCGACAUAUGCGACAAGACCUUUAAAGACAGCGGGGGCCUGCGCAUACACAAGCGGGGGCUGCACUCGAACGAACGCCCUUACAGCUGCGAUGAGUGUGGAAAGACUUACAAACUACACACGCACCUGAGGGAGCACAAGUUUAAACACACGGGGGAGGGCCACACCUGUGGCCAGUGUGGAAAAGCCUUCAGGUACCUGCGUCUCCUGAAGGCGCACGAGCGGUUGCACUCCGAGCCAUCUGAGCUCACACGGAGAAACAGUCACACCAGCCGUCGAAGGAGACAUUCUUCCAAAAGGAGUUUCCCGAGUGGCGCAGUGGUCUAAGGCACUGCAUCGCAGUGCUAGCUGUGCCACUAGAGAUCCUGGUUCGAAUCCA